AUGGACUUGGACUUCCCACUCUCCUCCGCCUCCGACGACGAUGGCGGCGACACAACGACACCACCUGGUCGCGCCAUCUGCCACGCCGGCUGCGGGCGCCCGUCCCGCGUCUGCCUCUGCCCGCACAUGCCCCGCUCCCCGCUCCACACAUCAACCACCGUCGUCGUACUCCACCACCCACACGCCGUCCACCGCAACCCGCUCUCCACCCUCCCCCUCCUCGCCCGCUGCCUCGCCAACCUCCACCUCCUCCCCGGACGCCGCCUCCGCCCCUCCUCCACCCCGCUCAUCCCCCCUCCCUCCCCGAACCCCGUCCUCCUCCUCUUCCCCUCGCCCGCCGCCUCCGACCUCGCCUCCUGGUGCCGCUCCACGCCUCCCUCCGCGCGCUCCAACCCCAUCCUCCUCAUCCUCGAUGGCACCUGGAAGCAGGCCAAGGAGAUGCACGCCGCCAGCCUCCCGUUUCUCUCCUCGUUCGUCAUCCCCGUCUCCCUGCCCGUAGACAGCGGCGUGGACGGGGACAGCAUGUUCGAGUCGGAGCUCGUGGUGAAGAAGGAGCCGCAUAAGGGGUGCGUGAGCACAAUGGAGGCAGUCGCAAGGGCGCUGCGGCUGCUUGAGCCGGAGGGAAGCGGUGCGGAGGUCGAGGAGACGAUGGUCAGGGUUCUCAGGGCGAUGGUGGCCUUCCAGUCCCAGCAUCUGCAGCACCGUGCCAUGAAGCCGAGAGUGAAGCUGAGGAAGAAGAAAGAUAUCAAGAGGGAGGAGGAGAUGAAGAGGAAUGCCUGAUUGUUGUGACUGAAUUUCUGCGGAUUUGCGUUCCUCUGUUGUUCAGAGGCCAUCACUGUCAAUCACCAAGGUUUUGGCACGGAACUUUGCUGCAACAGCAUAUGCCAAGAUGUCUAUGCUAGAUCGGAGAAUGAUCCUUUUGUGUGUUCCCCCUAAUCCAGGAAGUUUCAAUUGUUCCUUAGUUGAAAUAUCCUGUCUAGUGAAUAGAACACCAUUAAAUUCUCAUUGUACUGUCGCCGAAAAAGUAUCAUUCCACUGAGUAAACUACACAGAUUGAUGAUACCAGCACACUGCAUGAUCGAUAUUGGUACUGUUGCUAUGAGAAACUAAUGGUACCUAAAGAGCAUUUACUUAUCAAACUGGCUAAGACCAAGCUUGACAAUAAAAACACAAUGAUGUGCCCUGUUCAGUAAUUGAGAAACUGUGCUAGAGGCCUGCAUUUUUGUCCACUCGGUGCCCAUGCCAUCUUUACCUCAGAAAGCAUGUAAUUGUUACCGUAAAAUCCAAGUAGAUUAACCCUCAUGAGUGCACAUAAACACCUUCUUCGUAGGCUUAGUGUUCUUUUAUGCAAUUCACAAAUCAGUAGAUAUCAUCAAACCCCAUGAGUUUGCUUCAUUCGGCUUGCAUUAGUAUCCAACUUCUAUCUCUAGUUCUUGCCCACCUUAAAGGCUUUUUUUUUUGAGAUAGCGAACCGCUCCAAGCGGUAUAAAGGCUCAAAUUUUCACUGCUUGGACUAUCUUGUACUUUCUCGAGGACCUUAAAUCUCAUGGGGAUUACGCAUGUCACAUUUUUGUCCUUCUCUACACAUCCAAUACAUCACACUUUUUUAAUAUUUUACGAGAAGGAAUUUGAUUUCAUGGAGACAGACAUGAACUAGAACUCAAGAAGGAUGAUAUUUAAGGGCCUACCAUGGAAAGGUAUCAUCUACCCAAAGGCACUUCUGAAGACCAGUGAUAACUAAGGAACCUUUUACACUCUACAAUGCAAGCUCUCCAAAUGGCUUUGAGCGUCAGUGCUAGCAUCUGCGGGUUAUGGUGGGUAGAGGUGGGUUUUGAAAAGAUAAAUCUUUCUAGACAUAGCAGUUAUCUCCAUAGGGCUGUGGCUCUGUCCUUGAUCCAGACUGCACGCUCUCUCUGAUGUCAUGGAUUGCAUCUCUGCAUCGUCCGGCAUUCACCCUAGCCCCCAUGAUGUGAUCCUGGGAAGUUUUGCUCCUUCCGCCACAUUAAGAAAUAU